CUCGCUAAGAACAGACGUAUAGGUACGCGUAGUUUUGUUAAAAUGUUAAAACACCCUUUUUACCAAUACGGAGCUUCGGAUUUGGAGUUACCAGUGAAUCUGAGCUUUAGUGAGUUUAUAUUGGACAAGCUUGUGGAAUAUAAAGAGAUAACUAUUAUCAAUGGAUCCACAGGAGAAACUAUAACCUACGGAGACAUCGCCCAAAAGGCGAUGAAUCUCGCCAUCUCCCUCUCUCACCUAGGCGUCAGAAAGGGACAAGUUGUUGGAAUAUGCUCUGAGAACAGAGCAGAGUUCUGGAGCGCCGUUGUGGGGUCUAUAUGUACCGGGGCCUCGUUUACCACCUUCAAUAUGAUGUACACGAAACAUGAGCUAACCCAUGUGUCUGGAAUCUCGAAGCCGAAAUACGUCUUCUGUUCGCCGCUGGCUUACAAAAUGCACGAAAAAACGUUAAAAUCAUUGAAGUAUAUUGAGAAAAUCAUAGUUUUUGGUGACGAUAAGCCGGCGGGAACUAUUGCGUACAAUGACUUGGUGUCAGCUCAAAACGUGAAAUACGAGGAGUUCAGAGCAGUUGACGUGGACAGUCCGGAUGAUACGCUGUUCAUACUAUACUCCUCAGGCACCACUGGCCUCCCGAAAGGAGUUGCUUUGACACAUCGCAACGCACUCACCUCAAAGACUCCUGAACCACCCAUAUAUCUGCUAAUAACCCCGUGGUUCCACACCAUGGGUUUUAUGGGGUCGCUUAUGUACCUAGCUAGCGGCAGGAACAUGGUAUAUCUACCGAAGUUCGAGAUCGAGGUCUACUUGAAAUGCAUUGAAAAGUAUAAGGUGACUCGUCUCUAUGUAGUGCCACCAGUACUGGUGGCAUUAGUCAAAUACCAGAUCAAGUAUGACCUGAGUUCAGUCGACCUCAUAUACAGUGGGGCAGCGCCGCUCACGAAAGAGACAGCUGAUGCAGUGAAGGAAAAAUUCCCAAACGUGAAAUCGGUUCUCCAAGGCUACGGUAUGACAGAGACGGCGCUAGCUGUCACUAGGUGCAUUGAUGCGGACUCAAAGCCAGGGACAGUUGGAACAGUCACGCCUGGAGCUAUUAUAAAGGUCAUCGACUUAAAAAGCCGGAAGCCAGUCGGAGCCAACCAGACUGGGGAGAUCUGCGUCAAAGGAGGCAUUGUCAUGAAGGGUUACAUCGGGAAAGACCGGAGAGAGACCUUCGACGAUGAAGGGUUCUUCAGGACUGGAGACGUCGGGUAUUACGAUGAGGAUGGGGACUUCUUCAUCGUGGAUCGGCUGAAGGAACUUAUCAAGUAUAAGGGAUACCAGGUUGCUCCAGCAGAACUGGAAGCAGUCCUGCUCCAGUAUCCAGCAGUCCGCGACGCAGGUGUAGUGGGUAUACCCGACAGCCAAGCUGGAGAAGUGCCACGCGCCUUUGUGGUGCUCCAGCCUGGAGCCACGGCCACUGCUGAGGAGCUACAGAAGUUUGUGGCUGAGAAGCUCUCAAACCCGAAACAUCUACGUGGUGGAGUGCGAUUUGUUCCAGAAAUACCGAAAAACCCCAGCGGGAAGAUCCUGCGCAGAGAGCUGCGCAAACUUGCGCAUCAGAGCAAACUAUAA